AUCAACUUAGAAACAGAAAUAAUUAUAAGGAACAACAUUGUUUCAAAAUGAAGACAGCCAUUGCUCUAAUAGCACUGAUCUCCCUCACCGGCAGCCUGGUGUGGGCCGCACCAAAUCAGCAACAGCAACAAGUACAGAACAUUGAAGAAAUCUUGGGAAAGAAACAUCAAAAUGCAGUCAAGCAAAACGAGGAUGAUGUAGACCUCCAGUCGCUACUGGCAGCUGCUCAAGACGACGACGACAACGAUUAUGAUGCAAAAAAAUUUCAAUCAUUUAUCGCUAGCGUACAAGAUGAAGAUGAAGAUAUGCCAGCACUCAACUCCCUGAUGGCUGCUGCACAAGAUGACGACAAUGGAGAUGAUGAAGAUAUGUCAGCACUCAACUCUCUAAUGGCUGCUACACAAGAUGACGACAAUGGAGAUGAUGAGGAUGAGAAUAUGAAAGCUCUGACAUCGCUAAGUGCAGCUGCUGAAAACGAGGAAGACAACCAGCUAUCUGAGACAGCUGCUAAUACUCAAAGAUCCCGAAGAAGGCGAAGGAGAUGUAGAAGGCGAAAUUGGGCUCGCUAUUACCAACGUUAUUACCAACGUUAUUACAUUCAGCUUUACAAGAGGCAUUACAACAAUUAUUACGCUCGAUAUUACAAGCGACAUUACAACAGGCAGUAUCAAGGAAUUAAAUCAUAUGGUAAUUCCGGAUUUAGAAUGCUGAAGCAUGUGUACCACUACAUGAAGAGUCACUACCCCAACAUGUAUCGCAACUACCUGUACUACAACAGGGGAUAAACUUCAUGCAACAGUUGCAGAUACAAACACUUGAAGUAGCUUAUGUAGAGUCAGACUGAACAGCAUUGAUAAGUAGAGCACUAAAGUGCUAAACUCUCGUAGUUUCAUGUCUCAUAAUGUGAGUAUGAAAAAAUACUGUUAACUGCUGGUAAUGGGGAUUAAGUAACAGCUUUCAGCUGGAGAAAGACUUCAAAAAAGCUAGGCACUGCUGUCCUAGAAAUGGGUAUAGGAUCUCAACCAAAGAAGCUUAGUACAGAUACAGCGCAUGUAAAGCAGUUACAAAAUUACAGACUUUUCUCUGACUAAUGUAUAAACGCAAACCUAAGGGUGAAUUAACAUUAAAUUAGAGACAACUCGGCCUAAUUGUCAUCAGUGCGCGCUGUCACAGUGAUUGUGACAGCUUACAGUACUUUGCACAUACACUGUGUACAAAUGCAUUUCACUUUCAUAAUAAACAAGAAGUCAACAUAUUGGCUUGAACACAUUUUACUCAUCUGCCUGUUUAUGAGGAACAAGAACUCAUGUAAUGCUACAACAAAACCAGCAGUACAUCAGAUGUAAUCCAUGUCCAAUCCAAACUCACAUUUUAAGUACAUGUACGUAAGUCCCACAAGCAUCCUAUAUAAGAAAAGAAGCAUGCCCACUAUUUUUAAGGUACGGCGCUACUGCACUGAGAAAUUGAAGAAAGAUGAAGGCCGCCAUUGCCCUAGUAGCACUGGUCUCCCUCACAGGCAGCCUGGUGUGGGCCGCACCAAACGAAGAAUCAAUAGACAUACAAAGGUUCAAUGAUGCUCUUGAGAAUGCUCUCAGUCAAGCCCCACAAACACCACCUGAUGGCACCAAGAUUGAUCAAGAUGCGGCCAAACAAGAUGAUGGUGAUGAUAUAGACUUGCAGUCACUAAUGGCAGCUGCUCAAGGUGGUGAUGGUGAGGAUGAUGGAAAUAUGAAAGCUCUAAGGUCACUACUAGCAGCUGCGCAAGACGGUAGUGAUGGUGAUGAUGAAAAUAUGAAAGCUCUGAGGUCACUAAUGGCAGCUGAGCAAGAAGAACCGGAUAAUAAACUGGUUGUUAAUGAACAAGAUGACGACGAAGAUAUGAAAGCAUUCAAUUCGCUAAUGGCUGCUGCACAAGAUGAAGGUGAUAAUGGAAAUAUGAAAGCUUUGAGAUCUUUAAUGGCAGCUGAGCAAGGAGAUGACGAUGAUGAAAAUGUGCAGGCUCUGAAGUCUCAAAUUGCAGCUACUCAAGAUGCGGGCGGUGACACACAAGAGGAGCUGCCAGCUAAAUCUCAGUGGUAUCGUUGGUCCUACUACAAACGGUACUAUGCUCGGUACUACAGUAGAUAUUAUGCUCGUUACUACAGUCGAUACUACGCUGGGUAUUACAGCAGGUAUUACAGUCGAUAUUACGCUCGCUAUUAUCAUCGAUACUACAACAAAAAGUUUAAAGGAGCAAAAUCGUACGGUAAUUACGGAUUUAGUGUGAUUCAUCAUGUGUACAGGUACAUGAAGAGUCACUACCCCAACAUGUAUCGCAAGUACUUGCACUAUCGUAGAAUUCGGGGAUGAUGAGUGAACCGAUGAAAAAGAACUCUGAGAAUUAUAGUGUAGUGGAGAUGAUAGUUAGAGCAAACAUUUAGCUAGUAAGUGAAUAUUGAACGCAAUUUAGUCGCAUAGCUAUAUAUAAUAGAACAUGUAUAGCAAAGUAUGUUUGUUGUAUAUUAGAAUAAGCAUUAUCGACUGCAUAAA